AUGAGAUGGAUCGGUGAGACUGAGAAGACAUUUAGUAAACAGAGACAGUUUGGGAAGAAAUGUAUGGAGCAGAGAUGGAUCGGUGAGACUGGGAAGACAUUUAGUAAACAGAGACAGUUUGGGGAGAAAUGUAUGGAGCAGAGAUGGAUCGGUGAGACUGCGAAGACAUUUAGUAAACAGAGACAGUUUGGGGAGAAAUGUAUGGAGCAGAGAUGGAUCGGUGAGACUGAGAAGACAUUUAGUAAACAGAGACAGUUUGGGGAGAAAUGUGUGGAGCAGAGAUGGAUCGGUGAGACUGGGAAGACAUUUAGUAAUCAGAGACAGUUUGGGGAGAAAUGUAUGGACCAGAGAUGGAUCGGUGAGACUGGGAAGACAUUUAGUAAUCAGAGACAGUUUGGGGAGAAAUGUAUGGACCAGAGAUGGAUCGGUGAGACUGGGAAGACAUUUAGUAAUCAGAGACAGUUUGGGGAGAAAUGUAUGGAGCAGAGAUGGAUCGGUGAGACUGAGAAGACAUUUAGUAAACAGAGACAGUUUGGGGAGAAAUGUGUGGAGCAUAGAUGGAUCGGUGAGACUGGGAAGACAUUUAGUAAUCAGAGACAGUUUGGGGAGAAAUGUAUGGAGCAGAGAUGGAUCGGUGAGACUGGGAAGACAUUUAGUAAUCAGAGACAGUUUGGGGAGAAAUGUAUGGAGCAGAGAUGGAUCGGAGAGACUGGGAAGACAUUUAGUAAUCAAAGACAGUUUGGUGAGAAAUGUAUGGAGCAGAGAUGGAUCGGUGAGACUGGGAAGACAUUUAGUAAUCAGAGACAGUUUGGGGAGAAAUGUAUGGACCAGAGAUGGAUCGGUGAGACUGGGAAGACAUUUAGGUAA